CCCUGCAUCCACAGUACGGAUCCGAUACACGUCGCUUUGUGGAGAGACAUUUUUAUGUAGAUGAUGGGCUCAUCUCUUUGCCCACAGAGUCCAAGGCCAUCGAUCUGCUGAAACGAGCUCAAGCUUGUCUCGCUCAGUCACCCCUGAAGCUGCACAAAAUCGCUACAAACAGUGCUGCAGUCAUGAAAGCCUUCCCCGUUGAAGACCUGGCAGAAGGCAUAAAGGAUCUUUCCUUGACUGAUGAAGCUUUACCAAUGCAAAGAAGCCUCGGACUGUACUGGGAAAUGGAGUCUGACACAUUCACCUUCAAAGUCUCUGCAGAAGAAAACCCAUUCACUCGACGUGGAAUUUUGGCCGCAGUGAACAGCCUUUCUGACCCCCUCGGUUUUGUGGCACCAGUGACCAUACGAGGAAGGGCACUACUGCGUGGAUUCUCCACCAUUGACAGUUGUGACUGGGACACACCACUUCCAGAGAUAAAGCUAGAGGAGUGGAAAAUGUGGAGAGCUUCGCUUCAAGGCUUGAAGAAUCUUCAUAUCUCACGCACAUAUCUCUUCUUCUUAGUGCUAAACACACAGAGUUGAGCCUCUUCUCUGAUGCUUUCAACACAGCCAUCGGUGCAGUAGCCGACCUUAGAGUAAUCUCCGAAGAAGGGCAAUGCCAUGUAGGAUUUGUCCUGGGGAAAGCUAAGUUGACUCCUCAACUGGAACCUACGACACCUAGGCUUGAACUCUGUGGAGCGGUACUGGCGGUGGAGAUGGCGGACCUGAUACUGGAUGAGAUUGACCUCCAUCCUGACGCAGUCAAGUUCUACUGUGAUAGCAAGGUAGUCCUGGGGUGCAUCUUCAAUGACAGCAGACGUUUCUUUGUCUAUGUACACAACAGGGUCAGACCCAUUCGACAGACUACACGCCCGGAACAGUGGCACUAUGUGCCAACAGAUCAAAAUCCAGUUGAUUUUGCAACAAGGUCAGUGUCAGCAUCACAGCUUGCCAACACUUCAUGGUUUACUGGGCCUGCAUUUCUGCACAAGCCGCCAGAAUGUUCUCUUGAAGUGCGAGAGUCCUUUCAGUUGAUUGAUCCAGAGCUAGAUGUCGAAAUCUGUCCACGUCACAAGUCCCAUUACUCAAACAAUGCCAGACCAUUAGUGCCAAUCUCUUCUGAUCCAGACUCACCAUUCCUCCUAACUCCUGCAAUGCUACUUACCCAGAGGUCUGACGUACCAGCUCCUCCAAGCCAUUUCACAGGGGAAGACCUCUUCAAGAGCCAAUGGAGGCAGGUACAAACCUUGGCCAAUGAGUUCUGGGUUCGCUGGAGACGGGAGUACUUGCCAACUCUGCAGAGCAGACGUAAAUGGAAUGAGAUACGCAGAGAUCUGCAAACUGGAGACAUUGUGCUUUUGAAAGACAGCCAGCUGUCCCGUAACAAAUGGCCUAUGGGAUUAGUUACCUCUGUUUUCCCAAGCAGUGAUGGCAAAGUGCGGAAGAUAGAGGUCAGGGCAGCUUCUCACGGCACUUCUAAGAGCUACAUGAGACCUGUCUCUGAGGUCAUUCUUCUCCUUCCUGAGAGACAAGGAUCCUGAGGUUACUUUAACGGAUGUUAGUAGUGGCAUCUAUCGAUGUCAGGUGGGGAGUAUUCUGUCCUCUGCUGGAGCUUAUGCGCAAUAGCUCCAUCUCUUGGACUUUUAUUGUUUAAAGGUCAGUUGCACACAG